ACCCCUAAUGGCAGGUGAUUGUUUAGUUGCCCAAAAUGGGUUAUCCCAUUUCUCCCUCAAAAAUAAUUGGAUCUCUCCUUUUAAGUAAUUUGUUUGAAAAUACAUACCUAAGCAUGAACACUAAUCACUGUAUAGUGAUGCUGGCUUACUAUACAGUGAAUAAAUAAAUAAUACAUUUUCCCCGAUUUGCGCAUGUGUCAUCCAACUCAGAACUGAAAGCAUCUUCACCCAUAGUGUGCUAUAGUCUCAUGCUCUGUUUCAACCUCAUUCCUCUGCUUCUGCAAUGCGCGAGAGGAUUGCAGUGUUCCUGUAAAGCAGUAGGGAAUUCAGAGUUCUCCGAGAUGUGAUUUGUCUUUUGCAGUCCUCCCUCUCUCAUCCAGGGGUUAAGCCUGCUGCGGCACUGCUACCUGACUCAGCACUGCGAGAAGACGAACAGAUGAAGCGUUCGAGUCAUAGUGUGAGCAAGCGGAAGAGACCGAUCACUCUUAAAUACUGAGCACCAUAGGGAUACGAGCCUUCCUGUUGGUGUCAUCACCUUUUCGUUAUUUGGAGACCUCUCUUUGGAACAUUUUGGUACUGACGUUUGGGUGGAUUUUGUGUGUUUUGGUGUCCGUAUGCAUUAUUAAUCCAGCACUAAUGAGCUGUGGAAAGGAUGCGGUUAGCUGAUGGAGUGCCUGCUGGGCAGGCAGAUGGGCUCAGACCUGACGCGCACACUUCCUCCAACCCCCCCAUCACCUUUGUGCCAGGAGCAGGCUCCAAGGGACCAACCGGAGAACCCGGCGAUAAAAGAUCCUAGGGCACAGGUGGGCACAGGGGUGCCAUCUGAGUCAGGACUAAUGACAUGGCUCAUGUAAGCGUCCUGGACUGCAUGAUCAGCUACAAAUGGAGCCGGAUAUGUGACCUUUACUGCGCUUUUAACAGUCAGGCCAAACACAAGGAUGGCUGUGAGCGCAGUGAGGCAUCGGCUCUGUCUCCUGCCGCUGAAGAGGAGCCCUUCUCAUGGCCGGGCCCUAAAACUUUACACCUCCGCCGCACCUCUCACGGCUUCGGCUUCACGCUCCGUCACUUCAUCGUUUAUCCACCUGAGUCAGCCGUGCAGUCCUCUCUCAAGGAUGAAGACAAUAUCAGCAGAGGGGAUCGCAUUGUGAAAGUCAACGGAGAAAGCAUUAUUGGAAAGACAUAUUCCCAAGUAAUCGCCCUCAUCCAGAACAGGUAA